UUCGCGCUUCCGCUUCCGGGUUUGCUGCAGUCGCUAAGGGCUGUGCGGGCGUUGCUAAGAGAGGCCUAACGGAAGCAGCAUGGCGGGAAGCCGGUUGGAGAAGUUGGGGACCGUCUUUAGCCGGACGCGGGACUUGCUGCGCUCCGGGGUGAUGCCUGAAGCCAAGAAACCCAUCUGGUACGAUGUUUAUGCUGCCUUUCCUCCUCUGAAGGAGCCUCUCUAUCGGAAUCCUUGUCCUCGCUACACCAAAGACGAAGACCUCGUGCCUCCCAUCUUCUAUCCCGAGGAUCAAAUCCGAGCGAAAUUUUAUGAAGUUUAUGGAAAUGGCCCCAAAGCUUUUGAGCUCUCUAGAUUAAGCUUCAAAUCUGCUUGUCAAAGGUUUGUUGAGAAAUACAAGGAAUUGCAGAAGCAAGGUGAAGUGGAUGAUGAUAGACUCUUUGAAGAAACAGGAAAGGCCCUCUUGGCAGAGGGGUUGAUCCUACGGAGAAAAGCAACGGGGAAUGUGACCCCUGAUGCCAGGCCCAGGGAUCCUAUGCUGGAAGUGAGACUUCAAAGUGUUUUGCAAGAGAUGCAAGACAGCUCAAAAGAGCAGAAGCCUGAGACCGCGGAGGAAGUGCCAAAGGAAGGCCCCUAGCCAUCCUGUGGCCUCUUCACUUCUCAGCCUUGAUUUAAAAAUGGGUGUUUGGUGCCACUGGCUACCUGGUCUGUGACAUGUGUGACAUCCUGGACUGAGAGAUUCUUGCAAAAAGCAUGGCUGGUGACGUUUGUCCCACUUCACAUUUCCCCACUGCUAUGAACAUUGGUGUGUUGUAGAACCUUGUUACUACGGCGGCAAGAAUGGUUUUUGCGAAAAUGUGGAAACAGGAACAAAUUCCAGUUCUUGAUGACUAGUUGAAUAAGGUGAGAGAAAUAAAGGAUAUGGAUGAACUAACAUUUUUAUUAAAGAAGAAUACCGGGAAGACACUAAAAAGGAGUAAUUGGGCUCUCUUUCAGGACUAUGAUAAUAAUAGAAGAGACAAAGGGUGAACGGAAAAUUACGUAAGAACUAUAAAAAGUAAAGUGAGAAGAAACCAUGAAGAUGGAAUGGAAGUCAAACCCCCCCGCCUUUUUCCUCUUUUCUCUUUAUUUCUUAUUUUUCUAUCUUCUUUUGAAUGUUCCCCCACUUUGCAUGUAUGUAAAUAUGCACCAAUCUUCAAUAAAAAUCAUUAAAAAUA